AUGUCUCCCACCACUCUAGAACACGCCUUCUCAAAGGACUCGUCAUCGACCGCCAUCAUCGUGCCCGGUAGCCCUGCCCUGACAGUCUCGUACAAGAAGCUGGCCGUGGAUGUCAAGUCAUUCCAGCAAAAGUUGGCUAAAGUCGGCGUAUCUGCCGAGGCAGCUGUGUCGAUUGCGCUGCCCAAUACCUACGAGUUCAUCGUCUCUUUCAUCGCUGCAUCAUGGCAAAGGGCCAUUGCCGCACCCCUGAACCCGGCGUACAAACAAUCCGAGUUUGAAUUCUACAUCGACGACCUAAGCUCGGCAAUUGCUCUGGUACCCAAAGGCGCCUUUGCGCAAGAUGCAGCUGCCGUCCGCGCAGCGAGGAAAUACAAUGCCGCCAUCGCGGAAUGUUACUACAAUGGCAGCGAGGUCGUUCUCGACGUCAAGGAAACUGGAAAGCUCGCGGGUAAAUCUGCACCAGUCUUGUCUGCGCAGCCGGAUGAUGUCGCCCUCGUGCUACACACCAGUGGCACCACCGGACGACCAAAGGCGGUGCCGCUUACCCAUCGCAAUCUGUUGCGUACCAUGAAGAACAUUCAAGGUACUUAUGAGCUUACGGCCAAGGACCGCACGAUGCUGGUCAUGCCUCUGUUCCACGUCCAUGGCCUGCUUGCCGGAUUCCUCGCACCCUUGGCAUCUGGAGGUUCCGUCGUCGUGCCUCCCAAGUUCUCUGCUUCUGUCUUCUGGAAGGACUUCAAUGAGCACAAAGCGAACUGGUACACGGCUGUCCCUACUAUUCACCAGAUCUUGUUGAGAAGCCCUCUCCCAAGCCCAAUGCCCAAGAUUCGAUUUAUCCGGUCGUGCUCGAGCCCUCUGUCCCCCAAAACGUUCUAUGAGCUCGAAAAGGCAUUCGGCGCGCCGGUAUUGGAGGCUUAUGCAAUGACCGAAGCUGCGCAUCAGAUGACGAGUAAUCCUCUUCCGCCACACCAGCGUAAGCCUGGUAGCGUGGGAGUCGGCCAAGGCGUUGAAGUCAAGAUCCUUGACGAAGCUGGCAACGAGGUAGCCCAGGGCAAAGAGGCUGAGAUAUGUAUCAAGGGUGAAAACGUCACCAACGGCUAUCUCAACAACCCCGCAGCGAAUGCCUCGUCUUUUACAAAGGAUGGCUUCUUCCGCACUGGAGACCAAGGCAAGGUGGACUCCGAGGGUUAUGUUAUCAUCACUGGCCGUAUCAAAGAAUUGAUCAACAAGGGUGGUGAAAAGAUUAGUCCCAUCGAACUGGACAACGUCAUCGCACAGCACCCUGCAGUUUCGGAAGCUGUGAGUUUCGCCAUCGAGGAUGAGAUGUAUGGUCAGGAUGUUGGGCUUGCGGUCGUGAUCAAGGAAGGCCAAGCAUUGACUACAGGCGAGCUGAAGACGUGGCUUACAGACCACGUUGCUAAAUUCAAGCUACCCAAGCAGAUUUUCUUCACCGAUAUCAUGCCCAAGACUGCAACAGGGAAGAUUCAGCGACGUCUGGUUGCUGAAGCGAUGCUCAAACAAGAACAGCCCAAGGCCAAGCUAUAG